UUCUCGCCUAAAUGUUUGUUUUGGGCUGUGAAACGACUUCAGUGUUCGUUUUCAUAAUCGGCGGACGCAUUUGGGCCGAUUUUCCACCCGGCGGCACGAGGCGACCACGACGGCGACUGUCAAUCGGCCUUUGUGUGUCCCGAUGUGAGUGCGUCUUUGUGUGUGCGCGCGCGGAGGACGACGAGGACAAAGACGCCUUGACGUGCGCGUGUGUGUUUUCACGCGUCCGUGUCGAGUCGAUUGUAGCAGAAGAGGAGGAGAUGAUGCCACGCGCAGACCGAGUCCCGGUCCUGGUCCUGGUCCUGACGAUGAUGACCUUCGUGCAGCGAGGUGGCGCUCUCCGCUGCUACCGGUGCUCCGACUACACCGGCCGAUGCGACGACGUCCACGAGUGCACGUACGAGGACGCCUGCCUGACCCUCAGCGUCCAAGGCGGCAAGACAGUGCGCCAGUGUAUCCGCUACACGGACUGCGACAACUCUCGCUUGUCCCAGAUGUUUCCGUCCAUGUCGUCGUUUUCGUACCGCUGCUGCAACAACAACUUGUGCAACUCCAGCGGUGCGGUGGGCGUGGCCACACCCGGCCCGCUGCUGCUGAUUGGCUGGCUGCUGAGUGCGCUCGUGCCCUGGCUGUGAGGUCAAGUGACCUGCCGGUGGGAAGUCAAUAAAGACAAAAACCAAU